AUGUGCCCCCGGAGCUGCUGUCUGCCAGAGAUGUGCCCCUGGAGCUGAUGUCCGCCAGAGAUGUUCUCCCGGAACUGGUGUCUGCCAGAGAUGUGCCCCCGGAACUGAUGUCUGCCAGAGAUGUGCCCCCGGAGAUGCUGUCCGCCAGAGAUGUGCCCCCGGAGCUGCUGUCUGCCAGAGAUGUGCCCCUGGAGCUGCUGUCCACCAGAGAU